AUGUCCCAGCUGUACUACCGGCGGACUGACAGCUCCUCGUACCGGGACCGCAUCCCGCUGAGGAUUGUGAGGUCUGAGUCGGAGCUGUCACCUUUGGAGAAAGCCUACCUUGGAGCUGUGGAGAAGGGAGACUAUGCUAGUGUCAAACAGGCUCUGGAGGAGGCCGAGAUCUAUUUCAAAAUCAACAUCAACUGCAUCGACCCCCUCGGCCGCACGGCUCUGCUUAUUGCCAUUGAGAACGAGAACCUGGAAAUUAUCGAACUCCUGCUGAGCUUUAGCGUCUACGUCGGCGAUGCCCUGCUGCACGCGAUCCGAAAGGAAGUGGUGGGAGCUGUGGAGCUGCUGCUAAAUCACAAGAAGCCUAGUGGUGGCAUGCAGGUUCCUCCUAUCUUAUUGGACAAGCAGUUCUCUGACUUCACCCCUGACAUCACUCCCGUCAUCCUCGCUGCGCACACCAACAACUAUGAAAUUAUCAAGCUUCUGGUGCAGAAAGGUGUAUCUAUGCCGCAGCCUCAUGAGGUGCGCUGUAACUGUGUGGAGUGCGUGUCCAGUUCAGACGUGGACAGCCUGCGGCACUCGCGUUCCCGCCUCAAUAUCUACAAAGCGCUGUCAAGUCCCUCGCUAAUUGCGCUCUCCAGCGAGGACCCCUUCCUCACUGCGUUCAGGCUCAGCUGGGAGCUGCAGGAGCUGAGCAAGGUGGAGAAUGAGUUCAAAUCCGAGUAUGAGGAGCUGUCUCAGCAAUGUAAACAGUUUGCCAAGGACCUGUUGGACCAGACCAGAAGCUCCAGAGAGCUGGAGAUGGUCCUCAACUACAAAGAUGACAUCAACUUAUUGGAUGAAGAGGGCAACAAUGACCUGGCAAGACUCAAACUAGCUAUCAAGUACUACCAAAAAGAGUUUGUAGCUCAGCCAAACUGCCAGCAGCUUUUGGCGUCCCGGUGGUACGAUGAGUUCCCCGGCUGGAGGCGACGCCACUGGGCCGGGAAGUUUUUCACCUGCGUCUUCAUCGGCCUCCUCUACCCUGUGUUUGCUCUCUGGUACCUCAUCGCUCCUAAGAGUCGCCACGGCCUCUUCAUCCGCAAGCCCUUCAUCAAGUUCAUCUGCCACACUGCAUCCUACCUGACCUUCCUGUUCCUGCUGCUCCUCGCCUCCCAGCACAUUGUCACCACAGAGCAGGACAGGCAGGACAGACAGGGCCCUGCACCAACCACUGUGGAGUGGAUGAUCCUCCCCUGGGUGCUGGGAUUUAUCUGGGCAGAGAUCAAACAAAUGUGGGAUGGUGGUUUCCAAGACUACGUCCAUGACUGGUGGAACCUGAUGGACUUUGUCAUGAACUCUCUUUACCUGGCCACCAUCUCCCUAAAGAUUGUAGCCUACACAAAGUACAGUGGUAGUAAACCGAGGAACCAGUGGGAGAUGUGGCACCCAACACUAGUGGCAGAGGCAGUGUUCGCCAUAGCAAACAUUUUCAGUUCCCUGCGCCUCAUCUCGCUGUUCACAGCCAACUCUCAUCUGGGGCCACUGCAGAUCUCACUGGGGCGAAUGCUGCUGGACAUCCUGAAGUUCCUCUUCAUCUACUGUCUGGUCCUACUUGCAUUUGCUAACGGGCUGAACCAGCUGUACUUUUACUACGAGACCAAGGCUUCAGAUGAGAAGGGGAAAUGCAAAGGCAUCCGCUGUGUGGAGCAGAAUAACGCUUUCUCCACGUUAUUUGAGACACUGCAGUCUCUCUUCUGGUCAAUCUUUGGUCUGAUCAGCCUCUAUGUGACCAACGUGGAUGCUGACCAUCAGUUCACUGAGUUUGUCGGCGCCACCAUGUUCGGCACCUACAACAUCAUCUCACUGGUGGUGCUCCUGAACAUGCUCAUAGCCAUGAUGAACAACUCCUACCAGCACAUUGCUGAUCAUGCAGACAUUGAGUGGAAGUUUGCCAGGACAAAGCUGUGGAUGAGUUACUUUGAAGAAGGGGCCACUCUGCCAGCCCCGUUCAACAUCAUCCCCAGCCCCAAAUCAUUCUGGUACCUCAUAUGCUGGAUCAAGAGACAAGUGUGCAAGAGGACAAGAGCCAAGCGCCCUGAGACCUUUGGAAGUCUCGGAAGGCGAGCAGCAGAGAACCUGAGGAUAAACCAUCAGUACCAGGAGGUGCUGAGGAACUUGGUGAAACGUUAUGUGGCCGCCAUGAUUCGAGAUGCUAAGACAGAAGAAGGCCUGACCGAGGAGAACUUCAAGGAGCUGAAACAAGAUAUCUCCAGUUUUCGUUAUGAGGUGAUGGGCAUGGUGAAGACAGGCAAGCCCGCUCUUCAGGGGGCAAAGGCCAGUGGGAGCUCAGUGGAGUCCAGUCUGGCGUACCCCAACUCCUCGCUGAAGGUUUCUCCCUCCCCCCAGAGCAGCCAGGCCAAAAGCAAACUCAACCGUUUCAAGCUCAUUGCAUCCAUCCUCAAGCAGGGUAGUUCGACAGCUUCACCCAGGCCGCCUGAAAGCUCCAACGGUCUACUUAUCGGACUCGGGGUCUCUGACGAGAGCUCCAGCAAAAGCCAGAGGGUAAAUUCCCCCAAAGAUAACGCUGACGUUGGCUUGUUCCAGAAACGCCACUGGAGUGGAAAUGAAGCCACAUUAGGUGCAGGAGAGAUUUCCAGAGACAUGUACUCUUUGUCAGAGGAGGCAGGGGAAACAGACGCAGAGCAGCAGGACAAAGAGCAUCAGGCAAGAGGUAAGGAUGAACAAGAGCUCCUGCAGACAGAAAAGAAGGAUGAAAAUAAUGAUGUAUCAAAGAGCAACAAUAGCUCGGAUGAAGGAAGGAAAAAAGAAACCGAGGAAAAGGAUAAAGAGAGUUUAUCCUGCAGUGACUCAGCAGCUGGUGGAUGUUUGUCAGUGUCGUCCAGAGAAGAAGCAUAA